AUGUCCGUCGCCACCGUGAACCCAUAUGCGAACCACUCUCAACUCUCACCGCUCGAAUCGGAGGUGCUGUGGGAGUACGCCAAGCUGGCCGACAAGUUGAAACGAAUUGCGGCGCUCGCACGCGAGACAUCCGAGAAGCCGAACUCAGAUCUUCUUGUGGAUUUGAGAGAACUCGAGAGGAAGAUGAAGCUCGUCCUGACACUCGUAAGCUGGAUGAUCCUUGGCUCAAGCUUACAUCAGUACCGCGCCAGUGUCUUCAUGGCCUUCCAGGAGAGCCGGUUCGAGGCGGAGGCCGAAGCUGCGGAAGAGCAGGACGACCAAACAGUCGGCCAGUACCACCAGAGCGACGCCAGUCUCCAGCAGCGCUGGGACGACCAAUGGCAGGGUGACGAGAGCACGAUUAUGCGAUGA